UCUUCCACAUAUCCUUGUUGAAACAAUAUUACCUAAUGAAGACAAAGACACUACUGAAUCAACCCAAGAUAUCGCAAAUGAGAAUUCAAAAGAACAAGAAAUCGAAGCCAUAUUAGACAAAAGAAUCUACUACU